GUUUGUUCUCCCUUUUCCGUCAUCGUCCAAUCGUUCCCUCCAUUUCUUGUUCAUCUACCUUUACCGCUGUAUUUCUAUUCCCUCGAUUUGAACGACCUAAUGCAUGUCUCUCUCUUGGAUAAAACGGAAAUCGAGACUUCAAGAACUUCUGAAAAGCCAUGGCGACGAGGAGGAAGAUGGGCUGGCACUGGACCGGUUGCUGCACGGCCAGAGUGUUAUUGGGAAGACGUCGAGGACUAUCGAAAUCGACUCCAUAAAACUUCAGGAUAAGGACUUCCAGGUGGUUGGGAAGCUUGACUACGGCCAGUUUGGCGUGAUCGAUGUUGUCAAAUGUAGACUAGACGGGCGCGUCUAUGUACGCAAAACCAUCGAGAAGAAAUUUGUGUUAAGGGCGCGUGAGCAAUGCUCCCCGCAGCUUGAACGCGAUAUUCUGCGCCUUGCAACAACAACCAAGUCGCAGUGGGUGCCACACUUACUAUGCGCAUUCCAGACUCCGACACACUUGAAGCUUGUCAUGGACUAUGCCGAAGGGGGUACUCUCUGGGACGUAUUGGAGUCCAGUGCGCUGGACGGCAGGAUCUCCGAACGCGAUAUCAGAUGGUGGGCACCACAGAUCGUUAGCGCGAUUCAUUGGUGCCACUCACAAGGUUUUGUGCACAGAGAUAUCAAACCUCACAAUUUUGUCCUCAAAACGAACGCUCGCAUUCUUCUGAUUGAUUUUGGUUCAGCGGCCCCACUUCUUCCUCGCAUGCCAGAUGGUAGUCAGCGUUUGCCGAAGCAACAUUGUCUCGUCCCAUGUGGAACUUGCGAUUACAUCUCGCCGGAGAUACUCAAGGCCCAUGAGCGCGCGUUGGUUGCCUUGGAAAUGGAAGAUGAUGACCGCAGUUCCGAAUUCGAACAUGAAGAUGACGUCUAUGGGCGAGAGACGGACUGGUGGAGCAUGGGCGUGAUGUUGUAUGAAAUGGCUUAUGGUCAAGCGCCAUUCUUCGCAGAAGAUAUUCGAAGGACAUACGCGAAGAUUAUGGCUGAUAACAGAUACAUUCCUUUCAAUAACAACAUUAUUAUUUCACCUGAAUUCCAAGACUUUUUACGCAAGUUGCUCACCGAUGCCGAAUUCCGUCUGGGAAGACACUCCGUUGCUGAGCUCACCUCUCACAAGUUUUUUGCCAAUGUUCGCUGGACCGGUCUCCACGAAGAGACCGUCCCCGCAGACAUCCACGUUCCUCAAUUUAUCUACUCGGAUCCCAAUGCUGUCCUUGAGAUGGAGGACGAUGGAUUAGAUGGUAGUGGAUCUGAGUCGAAACUCUUCGCUUUCUCAGACCUUUUCCAGUCGUCUGCUGGGUCAUCUCAGGGCCUUUCUAUUCUGAAGUCUAUAGCGACACCUCAAGCGACGUCUGGAGAUAACAGUUCAGCCUUCAUCGGGUUUUCAUGGGGACCUAUGACAACUGCAUUUCCGGACAUAAUACCUCUUCCUUGUGAGCCCAUUGUUGGUACACCCAAAUUACUUGGACUAUCUCACGCUACUAUCGGUUCCACGCCGACUCCCCAUCUUCUGACACCAACACUCAAUUCACACCACUUCAGCACGCCUAUCCGAUCCGGUCCUCGAACCCCCUACCAGACGCUUUCGCGGAACAGUACUGCUCGUCGUACAACAGUCACAAGACGGCCCGUUUCAGAUCGCGAGGCCAUGAAGCAGCUCAUUGACUGUGUUGGCAUGAGCGCGCAUAAGAAAGUAUUAGAGAGCGGUCGAAAACCACACAUCUUGACGUCGAUCGGCAGACACAGUCGGUCAGCAUCGUUGAAAGAACUUCGUUUCCUCCCUCUGGAGGAUCAACGGAAGCUCCCCGUGAAUGCCUCUGACUCGGAAGAAGACUCUGACUCGGACAUGGAGGCCCCGCCUAGCCCGAGUCCGAGCCCUAGGCCGGGAUCUGUUAUGUCGAAACGGAGCGCCACGCCUAAUGCGACAGUAACAUUUACUCAGCGGUCGAGCGAUUCUUCUUCGCAGCGGACGGGCACGGAUUCAUCCGUGAAGGCGGCGGAGACGCCCCAGCGUGGUGGUGAAGAUGUCAGUACGUCUCGUUUGCGAAUGGGGUCGAGUCUCUCAUACGAGAAUACGACGUUCGAUGGUUUGGAAAGCAAGCAUGCUUUGAUCAUGGAAGAUAUUCACGGUAUAGAGGGUCGGUUAAAGCAGUUAGUCUCUGCGAUUGCGAAGUAGAUUGCCGUCACAUACGGUGAUAUCACUACAUGUGAUCUUUAUCCAUUUUAACUAAGUGUCCGCCGUGGAGUUGCAAGCCUUCCUAUCUGGGCCCCGAG